AACAACAGACCAAUCCUCUACUAUGCUGUACAAUCUCGUUCACUAGACGUCGUAAAAUUUUUGGUAGAACAUGGUGCUGACGUCACAUGGAAAGAUAACAUCGAUAGGCCACUUCUCUACUACGCCGUGCAAUUCCGUUCUUUUGAAAUCCUUCAGUAUUUAGUGGAACAGGGUGCUGAUGUGAAUUGGAAAGAUGAUAAUAACAUGUCACUUCUCUACUAUGCUGUACAAUUUCGCUCGUUAAACAUUGUCAAAUACUUAGUGGAACAUGGCACUGAUGUCAAUUGGAAGGAUAAGAACGGCAGAUCACUUCUCUACUAUGCCGUUACAUUUAAUUCACUCGACAUUAUCAAAUACUUUGUGGAACAUGGUGUUGACAUCAGUUGGAAGGAUAAUAAGAACAUGCCUCUUCUCUACUAUGCUGUACAAUCUCGCUCAUUAGACAUUGUCAAAUAUUUAGUUGACCAAGAUGCUGACGUCAGUUGGAUUGAUAAGAAUGGCUGCUCACUUCUUUACUGGGCUGUACAAUUUCGUUCGUUAGACAUUGUCAAAUAUUUAGUGGAUCAAAACGUUGAUGUCAAGUGGAAGGAUAAUAACGGCAGCCCGCUUCUCUACUAUGCUGUACAAUCACGCUCAUUAGACAUUGUCAAAUAUUUAGUAGAACAUGGCGCUGAUGUCAAAUGGAAGGAUAAUAGUGACUGGUCACUUCUCCAUUAUGCUGUUCAACUUCACUCGUCCAACAUUGUCAGGUAUCUUGUGGAACGUGGUGCUGAUGUUAAUGGGAAAGAUUUUGACGACAGACCACUUCUCUACUAUGCUGUGCGAUAUGGCUCAUUAUCCAUAAUUAGGUACUUAGUGGAACAUGGUGCUGAUGUAAAUUGGAGUGAUGACAAUGACGUGACGCUUCUCUACUAUGCUGUAAAGAAUGGUUCACCAGAUAUAGUCAAAUACCUACUGGAACAUCGGGCCUCCGUCGAUUGGAAAGAUGAUCAUGACAGACCACUUCUCUUCUAUGCUUUGCAGGGUGGCUCAUUAGACAUCACACGACACUUGGUAGAUCAUGGUGCAAAUCUUAACUGGAUAGAUUAUGAUGGUAGGCCACUUCUCUACCACGCUGUAGCCUCUAACUUCUUGAAUAUUGUUGAAUAUCUAGUAAAACAUGGUGCUGAUGUCAAUAUGAAUGAUAAUUACUUCAGACCUCUUCUCUACUAUGCGGUACAAUCCCCUUCAUUAGACAUUGUCAAAUAUUUAGUGGAACGUGGUGCUGAUGUCAGUUGGAAAGAUCAAGAUGACCGUCCACUUCUCUACUAUGCUGUACAAUAUCGGUCAUUAGACAUUGUCAAAUAUUUAGUAGAACGUGGUGCUGAUACUAAUUGGAAAGAUCGUAAUAACAUGUCAUUUCUCUACUAUGCUAUUCAAUUUUGUUCGUUUAAAAUUUUUAAGUAUUUAGUGGAACGUGGUGCUGAUAUCAACUGGAUCGAUGGUCAUGGCCUGUCACUUCUCUACUAUGCUAUACAGUUUCGAUCGAUUGAAAUCUUCAAGUGUUUAGUGGAGCGCGGUUCUGAUCUCAACUGGGUCGAUGGUUAUGGCUUGUCACUUCUCUACUAUGCUAUACAAUUUCGAUCGAUUGAAAUCGUCAAAUGUUUAGUGGAGCGUGGUGCUGAUGUCAAUUGGAAAGAUCGUAACGGCAUGACACUUCUCCAGUUUUCUGUAAUUGAAUGUGGCCAAUUAGACAUUAUCCAAUAUUUAGUAGAGCAUGGUGCUAAUGUCAAUUGGAAAGAUAAUAAUGGCACACCACCACUUUACUAUGCUGUAGAAACUUGCUUAAUUGACGUUGUCCAAUAUUUACUGGAACAUGGAGCUAAUGUCAAUUGGAAGGACAGAAACGGCAGGUCACUCCUCCGCCUUGCUGUAAAAUAUGGCCAUUUAGACAUUGCCCAGUGUUUGGUGAAACAUGGAGUCGAUGUCAAUUGGAGAGAUAAUAGUGGCAAUACACUACUUCGCUAUGCUGUAAAAUCUGGUAAAUUAAGCAUUGUUCAAUGUCUAGUGGAGCAUGGUGCCAAUGUGAAUUGGGAUGAUACUAACACCAUGAAACUUCUCUACUUUGCUGUACAAAUUUGCUCAUUUGACAUUGUAAAAUAUUUAGUGGAACUUGGUGCUGAUGUCAACUGGAAAGAUAGUAACGGCAGAACACUACUCCGCUGUGCUGUACAAAAGGGCCAAUUAGACAUUGUGCAACUUUUAGUGGGACAUGGUGCUGAUGUUAACUGUGAAGAUUGCAACUGCAGGACACCUCUCCGCUAUGCCAUACAACAUGGCCAUUUGCACAUCGUCCAAUAUUUAGUGGAACGUGGUGCUGAUAUCGAUUGGAAAGAUGCUAACAACAGGACACUUCUCUUCUCUGCUGCAAAAUGUGGCAAACCUCACAUUGUCCAAUAUUUAGUGGAAUAUGGACAUGGUGCUGAUAUCAUUUGGGAAGAUACGAGCAGCGUUGAUUUCAACGAUACUAAACAGACUCCCUCGUCUGUCACUCGAAAUGAUGAUCAAGAAAUCAAGCACGAAAUAAAUGAAACAAUUAAGAAAGAAAGUGAUUACGAGAGAGGUCCACAAGUCAAUGUAACGGACGCUACGCCAAAUCGUGAAAUGGCUACUCAAGAAGAUGAAGAAGAAAAAGACAGAACAGAAAAUAAUAAGGAGACAAAUUUCUUUGAAAAAACUUUCCUUGAUUCUGAAUACAACAUUAAAAAAGACGUUCAUGAAAAACUUCAAAGCUUUUCUUGGCUGCAAGGAGCGUAUGGUGUAAUGGGCCCUAAUAAGAAAUUUCCACAUCCUCGUCUUUAUCUGACAGUCGAAAGAGGAAAAAAGAAGUCCGAAGUGUUGAAGGAAAUCAAACAGAAAUUCAAUUGUGAUCCAAAGAAAUACUUUGAACUUUUUCGCGAACCUGAAGCAAAACCAAAGUUUAAAUAUGUAUCAAAACCAACAUCUGGAGGUGGCAUUGUUGCUGUCAAUAAAUCAAAAAACCCUUUACGGGCGAAACAUGAUGACGGAGACGAGAUCGAAGACGAAAUCAAAAACGAAACAAGAAAAGCCUCAGGAACAUUAACCAUGUUUUGUGCCAAGAAAGGUGACAGCCAUUACGCGCUCACCUGUUUCCAUGUUGGUUGUGUCACAGAUCAACAUUUAUUUAAUGAAACCUUUAACCCGGAAGGGUUUUUGGAUCUUCACAAUUGUUUCGAUCAUUAUGCGAAUUAUGCGAAGGACCAACACAAAUACUUUUAUCGGACAAAAAAAGCGGAGGGUAAUGAUGAAAAUAGAAACGCUGUUGAACCAGAGAGCUAUGUCCCGCUUGGAACGAUGUCGAAAUGUUUCUUCACAAGUGAUUGUGAUAUUAUGUCAAUAGAAGUAGGCGAGGGUGUUGAGGUUGAUUGCAGAGUUGCGGAUAUAACGAGUCCAAAUUGGAAUACAAUUUUCUCAGAACUUAACAGAAGAAUGCUACAAAUCGAGAACAAAGUUGAAGUGGAGAAAGUUGGCAACGAGCAGAAUAGAGAUGGAGGUUACAUUUCUGAGUGCAACUUUUGCUACAGAUGUAAAGGUGGAAAUUUGUUCGAGGAUGCAAUCGUUGUCUGUGGAAAUUCUGGCACAUUUCUGGAGGAUGGUGACUCGGGAGUGCUCGUUUGUUUUGUUGAUAAGAACAAGAAGAAACAAGCAUUAGCUUAUGGCGUUUGCGAGGUAGAUCAACUAAAUGUGGAACAAAUGAGCUCCGAUGAAGAGGAUUCAAGCGAGGAUUCGUCUUCUUUUGAUGGUGAACAAUCCAGUUCAAAUAUCAGUGCAGAGAGUAGUGCUGAUAUUCCAACAGCUUCAAAAUCCCCUAAUAAAGAAGACGCAGAAGAACCCGAUUCUGAUGGUGAUUCCAUAGCGUUCGAUAAACCACCGUUCUCCAUAUGUUUAAAGCUAAAUACAGCUUUGCAAAAACUAGGCCUUUCAAAUGCUGGAUGUUAUAAUGAAUGUGGUGCUAAGAAAUAG